AUGAAAUAUUCACACCUAUUAUUAUUUUUUAUCAUUUAUUCUUGCUUAUCAUACUCAAUUAAGGAUAAAUUUUGUGGAGACGAUAAUUGUUAUUAACUAUUAUUUUUAAAGAAAGGAGCUUAAUAAAGUGAAAUCAGAAAAUAAUUUAGAGAAUUGUCAAGAACAUUUCAUCCAGAUAAAAAUGAUGGAAAUUAAACUUAAUAUGUUAAGAUAGUUUAAGCUUAUGAGGUUUUAAGUAAUGAAGAAACAAAAACAGCGUAUGAUGAAUAUCUUGAAAAUCCAAAUAGAAGUGAAUUUUACCAUCAUUAUAGAUAUUAUCAACAUGUGUAUCAUCCACAAACUAAUCCUUAUAUUGUAGUUUCUGUUGCAACAUUAUUAUUAUCAAUUAUUUAAUAUGUGGCUAGAAUUGGAAUGUACAAAAAUGCAAUAGGAAGAGUAAUGGAAACUACACAUUUCAAAAAGAUUGUUAAUGAUAGAUAAAGAGAAUCUAAUUUGAGUAAAGAUUAAGUGAUUUAAGAAACAUUAAAAGAAGUUAAGAUUACUGGAGCUUGGUCUUAUCCUAAAUUUGAAGAAAUAUGGAUAAUUGCUAUAUUACAUUUUAUUUUUUCUAUUUUUUUUAGAUUAUACUUUAUUAUCAAAUGGAAAUAUUAUUAUAAGAAUGGAAAAUGUGAUAGAUAAAUAAGUGAGAAGGAUUAAGAAUACAAAACAUAAUUAUUAUUAGGUAUUAGUAAGAGUAGAUGGGAAACUGUUGAUAAAGAAUAAUUAAUAGGUCGUUAAUUAUGGAUACCUGAAAACAUGAAGGAAUUCAAUGAAGAACAACGUCUUAGAUAAGAAGAAUAUAUUUAGUAACAUAGUAAUAAAUACAAACAGUAUAAGAGAUUUCAAAAAAAGAUGUAAUGA